AGUGUAGGCCGUAGACGGUCCAGUGUACUUAACUGUGAGCAAUAUUAUUACCGCAUGGUUAUAUAUGAACAUUGAAUUUCGUCGCCUGAAACAAACAAAUCUUAGAAUGUUGUUGUACCUGUUGCUGGUGUGUGUGUCGGUGAGGAGUGCACGCUCGGACAACAGCACGAUGGAAGAAGACUCCUGUCAGUCGAGCUACCCAGGACCCUUCAGCCAGCUGCUCGAGGAGUGGGCCAUCACAGAACCCGCGCCGAACAGACAAGGUCGAAUACUGGCACUGCCCCCGACGACAGGCUACUACGUUACAGAACGUAUAGAUACCCCCCUGGUACCACCUCCUCCCCGGCCCCACAGACCUUCACAGGGUCCCCCGCAGUCCAACCACGUCCCCACGCAGUACCAUGGGCCGCAGACCUACAAGGAGUGGGAAGCGCCGCCUCCCCCUGGGGGUAAGAUCGUGAAUAGGCCGCCAGCGCCCAGCCCCUACAAGGAUAAAUACAAACCUAACUACAGCCCCGCCCAUUCCGGCUCACAUCCUCAGUCAUCAAACUCAAUCGACCGCCUGGACGAUCCUCCUCGCAAGCAAGUCACAGAGACGGAUCUAUACUUGCUGGGUGCGAUUGAGAAGCUGGUCUACCGAGUCGACCUCAUGGAGAAGCGGCUGCGUAAGGUGGAAGAGGGCCUGCAUCAUUUGGUGGUGGGCACAGAGACUAAGCCAGAGCCUUGUGAGUCGAACUUCACUCGUGUGGGGGAGGAGUGCUACUGGUGGUCGAGCGAGACCGCAGACUGGAAGGGCGCCAGCAUCGCGUGCCGCAAGCGACAUGCCGCGCUGUUGGAGCUGCGCAGCGACAAGCAGCACAAGGUGGUGGUCUCCAAGAUCCUGGCUGAUAGACAACUCAAGGGUGUGGACUUCUGGACGGGCGGGCUGAACCCGGGCCUGCUGUGGAUCUGGUCGCAGUCGGCGCGGCCCGUGGAGGGCUCUGGCAGCAACAGCAGCGUACCCGGCGAGGGUCGCUGCCUGGCGCUGGUGCACGACGCCGCGCGGGCCGUCUAUCACUACCGCGGACAGGACUGUGCCCUGGCGCACCGCUACGUGUGCCAGCUGCUGCACGACGAGGGCAGGCUGGCCAACGAGAUCGAGCGCGUCGCCAGAGACAGGAAGCUGGCUCCCUCUAGCGCCAGACACACUAAACUCCUUCCACUCUGGGACGACAGACCUAACUGAUUAAGCUGACUACCCGUACCGUCCGUAAUUGCGUUACGAAGUUUUAUAGCUAAACACAAGCGCAAUCACUGGGCAGUCCAAAUGUCCCCAUAGCGUUUAUUUGAUAAUGAAUGGUUCUUCAUCUCGGAACCCAUAUAAUAAGCUGGAACAACUACUUUAAUAAGAGGGACUUAAUCGCAAUUUCAGGAUAAAAGUUACGAAUUUAAUCUAUUUUAUAGAAAAAUUAUCUUAAUGAAUAUUUAUAAUGGUAAAUGUUUUCAAAUAGGUAAUUUAAGAUUAUUUAAAUAUAAAUACUAUUUAUUAAGACUGAAUAAAUGAUUAUAAUAGAAUUUAUGUAAAAUAUGUCUAUUUAUUAUAACUAUCAGUUUGUAAAUAAAAAACAGUGCCAAUUUAUAA